AUGGACAAAGACUACAAGCUCGCAAAGGAGGCCUUCGUAACUGGUCUCCAUGGGACUAGCGCAAGCGAAGUUUUCAUUGUUUUUGCUCUUGCACCAGGAAGCCUAUGGCUUUAUAAUGAGCUCAUGCUAGUCCUCGAAAUUUUUGGGAUUCAGAAUCUAGGGGCUACUUACUUGAACUUGUUUACAACGAUCUUGGUAGAAUUCGUUGUUACGGUAGUGCCAACAAUGAUUGGAUUAAGCUUCACCCAGUACGCAAUCCCGCUUCUUGCGACGUUAUACUCCCUGGCAGCGACGUUUUGUGCCCUCUCUCGGCUUCAUUCAAAAGACUAUGUUCGCAAAUACUGUCGGAAAGAAAAGAUGAAUGGACUUGUUGAAAAGGAGCUGCCAUUCCUUACAAAUUUUCGAGCCCAGAUCAUGAUGUCAACAUGCUUCGCGAUUCUAGCAGUUGACUUUACCGUGUUCCCCCGGCGGUUUGCAAAGACAGAAAACUACGGUUUUAGUGUGAUGGAUAUUGGGGUGGGUGCCUUUAUUGUUUCUUCAGCAAUUGUAUCAGCACCUGCUCGUCAAGCUCGUCCAAGAAUUACCACAGACAGGCAUCGCAUCGAGCAUCCACAAAGCAUUUUGGAAAGACUAUAUUUGUUUUUUCGACCAAUUGCACUUGUGUUGUUAUUCGGAGUUGCUAGAUUCUUAGCUGUCAGAGGUGUAAACUAUCAGGAACACGUAUCUGAGUACGGAGUCCAUUGGAACUUUUAUUUUACUCUUGCAGGGGUGUAUUUUGUCUACUCGAUACUGCGUAUCUUCGGUAAAUGGGCUACUAAUCCCAUCGUGGCACUUUUAAUUGCCUUUAUCUACCAGAUAUAUCUAUCGCUUUAUGAUGGUGAAAAGUACAUGCUCGAUGGCCUUCGAGACAAUUUAUUGAAUCAAAACCGCGAAGGUGUUUUCAGCUUAGCAGGUUACACAUCCCUUUACUUGCUAUCCACAUAUGCAGGCCAAUGCAUUUUCAGCUCCAUAACAUUCAACCACGUGAAAGCUCAACGUAGUAUGAGGUGGCUUGUGAUCUCACUCAUAUUUAUCUCGGGGCUUUUAUGGACCUCAACUCUUCUCGCGGUCCGCCUCAUUGCAAGUCCAUCCCGUCGAAUGCUUAACAUAACAUAUAUGCUGUGGGUUAUGGCCCAGUCUCUCACUUUGGUUGCUCUUUACGGCGGGAUUCAACUCGUUUGCAUGCUCCCCAGAGUCCCGCUUUUAAAUCGAGGUAUCAAUCAAAACCAGCUUUUCGUUUUCAUUGUGGCUAAUCUCAUGACAGGCGCGAUUAAUUUGACUGUAGACACCAUCAGUGCAAAUACGUUUGUAUCGUCUGGUAUAUUGAUAGUAUACAUGCUGGCGGUUUGCGUACUUGCCUCGGCAUUGCAGCAUGCAAACAUCCGUAUUAAGCUAUAA